AUGAAGUCUCGGACUUCACUGUGUGGUCUGCCCAUAUGGCGGUAAUACGGGGUCAAAUCAUCAGACACUCAACAUACCUUAAGAAACACCACCAAACUAGUUUAUUAGAGUGCCUUAAACAGAUUGCACUGACCACUGCCCAAAACAAACAAAUGCCCACACCAGCACUGGCCUCCAAACUAAAAGCCCUGCAUCAGGACCUCACCACACUCAAUGCACAAAAACCAACAUACUUCCUACACAGGUUGAGAUCCACUACAUAUCAUAACAGUGGAAAAGCAUCUAAAUACCUAGCCAACAGGCUUAGGACAAAACAAGCGGCAACCAGAAUCCCACACCUAUUUGACCAAUCAGGCAAUAAAAUAAUGAACCCGAUUGACAUAGUACAGGAAUUUGCCCAAUUUUACAAACAACUAUAUAACCUCAAAGAAAGCGAGGGAAGGGAAACCCCGGAGCCCAAAUCCGUGCAAAACCACCUACAAGGGAUAAAUCUCCCAAAAAUCAGCAGAGACGGAGUGAACACACUGUGCCAACCGUCCACGUUGCAGGAAGUCACAGCAGUUAUAAAAAACAUACACCCAGGUAAGUCCCCGGGAGCUGACGGGUUCUCAAACGCAUACUACAAGACAUUUGCGGACAUGCUAGCGCCUAACCUGCUGAAGGUGUACCAAAGGGCAUCAGAGGUAGGAUACCCCCCUCCCGAAAUGCUCCUGGCCACAAUUGUUACACUGCCCAAACCGGACAAAACCACAGACAACUGUGGGGCUGGGGCUAAUGCCAAUGCUAGUCUCCCAAUAACCUCCAGCCAAUCAGGUAUCACAUAG